UAUAUAUAUUCGGUCCAAUCCCACCGAAUUAAUCCAACCCUAAGGCGCAGAAUUCGAAAAUCCCCCAAAAUUCUCCGUUCGAAUUUCAUCACAAAAGAUGCCUGCCUUCCCAGAAGAGCCGCUGCUAGCUCCGAACCCGGAUCGCUUCUGUAUGUUUCCGAUCCAGUACCCAGAAAUAUGGGAAAUGUACAAGAAGGCCGAGGCCUCCUUCUGGACCGCCGAGGAGGUCGACCUAUGCCAGGACAUCCGCCAGUGGGAAGCCCUAUCCGACGGCGAGAGGCACUUCGUCUCGCACAUUCUCGCCUUCUUCGCUGCCUCCGACGGCAUUGUCCUUGAAAAUCUCGCUGGGAGGUUUAUGAAGGAGGUCCAGGUCGCCGAGGCCCGCGCCUUCUACGGGUUCCAGAUCGCCAUUGAGAACAUCCACUCCGAGAUGUACAGCCUCCUUCUCGAGACGUACAUCAAGGACUCCGACGAGAAGCACCGCCUCUUCCACGCGAUCGACACCAUCCCUUGCGUCGCGAAGAAGGCCCAGUGGGCCCUGAGAUGGAUCGACGGCUCCGAGUCUUUCGCGGAGCGAAUCGUAGCCUUUGCCUGCGUGGAGGGGAUUUUCUUCUCGGGGAGUUUCUGCGCGAUAUUUUGGCUUAAAAAGCGCGGUUUAAUGCCGGGACUGACUUUCUCCAACGAGCUGAUCUCGCGAGACGAGGGCUUGCACUGCGACUUCGCGUGUUUGCUGUAUUCACUGCUGAGGAAGAAGCUGAGCGAGGAUCGGGUGAUGUCGAUCGUACGGAACGCGGUGGAGAUCGAGAGAGAGUUCGUGUGCGACGCGCUGCCGUGUGCGCUGGUGGGGAUGAACGGCGAUCUGAUGGGCACGUACAUCGAGUUCGUGGCGGAUCGGCUGCUGGGCUCGUUGGGAUACGGCAAGAUGUACAAUGUCCAGAACCCCUUCGACUGGAUGGAGCUGAUCAGCCUGCAGGGGAAGACCAACUUCUUUGAGAAGCGCGUCGGCGAGUAUCAGAAGGCGUCGGUGAUGAACAGCAUCAACGGCAACGGUGGCUCCCAUGAGUUCAAGAUUGACGAGGAUUUCUGAAUGUCUGAUUGAUUGAUGGAUGUCGCCUCUGCAAUAUCUUUGUGUUUUAGUACAAUUUUAAAAUUGGAUAAGUUUGUUCGUUAAUUUCUCGUUGUAUGUUUUCGAAGAAUAAAUGGAAGAUGAAGCCUUUAUUAC